AUGUUUGCCACAGCUUCGCACUUGUCAGCAGCUCUAGUAGCUCUGAGCGCAUUGACUGCACACGCCCAGAAUGCCUUCUCGGGAGCAGUUGGGUUCGGGGCUAUCGCCACGGGGGGGAACAGUGGCACCACAUAUCACGUCACGACCCUGGCUGAUUCUGGUGCUGGGUCAUUUCGCGAUGCCGUCAGUGGUUCUAACAGGAACAUUGUGUUCGACAUAUCCGGCUACAUUGUGUUGAACUCUGCCGUCUCCCUGUCUAGCUCUAUCACCAUUAACGGGCAGUCGGCACCGGGGAAAGGUAUCGGUGUUAUGGGCGCGGAGGUCUCAGCAAGUGGAAAGAACAACAUCAUCAUCCGUAACCUGCGUAUGCGACAGGGGAGGCUAGAUGACGAUUCUGGCAAGAGCGCGUUCAAUAUGGGCAAAGCGACGAACGUAAUUCUGGAUCAUUGCUCUGUCGAGUACGGACAGUGGGACUCGAUUGAUGCAGUCGGGGGUGUCAACAUUACUGUCUCGAACUCAAUCAUCGCCCUGCCGAUUGGCCAACAAUUCGGUGCCCACGUGGAGACUGGACCGUCGACAUUCUACCGAAAUCUUUGGGUCUCGGCACACAACCGUCAGCCCCUGUCAAAGGACAACACGCAGUAUUUAAACAAUGUUGUAUACAACUACCAAGCAGCAUAUACAGCAGCGAACACCGGCGGGUAUUUCUCACACGACAUCAUCGGAAAUUACUUCAUUGCUGGACCAAGCACUACAAGCACCAGCAACGAUUACUACCAAAUGAACAACAAACAAAGUGUAUAUGCCUCUGGAAACUACCUGGAUAGUAAUAAGGAUGGUGCCCUCAAUGGGGCUGCUGCGAACACGGUUGGAAGUGCACUGGUUCUAAGCUCACCGUGGCAAAGUACUUCCCGAAGUUUGGCGACGCUUACAGCUGCUGAAGCGGUCACUUAUGUGCUAGCAAACGCUGGAGCUUCUCCUCGAGACGAAGUAGAUGCCUACGUUGUGAGCAGUGUGCUGUCAUACGGGACAAAUGGAUCUCUCAUUACGAACCAGGCAAGUACAGGUUUGAGCAACAACGGGUAUGGAUCCCUGAGCUGA